AUGGGGAACUAUGCCGCUGCCUGUCGUGUGUGGAUGUUCGUCAAUUCUACAGUAUUGCUUCUGUCGCCGUGGUUGGUGGUUGGACUGACUGUGGAUCGGUUCUUCUGUGUUGUUUUCCCACUGAAACGUUACAGAUUCUGCACUCGGAGAAAGGCCACGAUCGUCUGCUCGUGUCUGGCUACUUUGUCGGGUGUGCUGACGCUCCCGCUAGUGCUUGACGUGAAGAAAAUAAAAGGCAUAAACACAGAAUGCUAUGUGAAAGAUCAGUAUAUGGCCUAUUAUUAUUUUGUACGUCUAAUUCUCACCUCAACCCUCCCCUGCCUCUUGAUUCUCAUUUUCAACAUUAUGAUUGGUAUCCACAUCCAGCGCAGCGCCACGUUCCAAAAGAGAUUCAACUCAUCGACCAACGCCUACACCGCAACAAAGUUGGACAAGUCACUUCGUCCUCUUAUGCUCAUCUCUAUUUUGGCGUUCGUCACAAUUGUCCCUUUAGCUGUCAUAGAAUGCAUUCUUGGGCUCCUGGUAGUGACUAAAUCAGGUUUUCAAACCGUAGCGAUCAUGGUCAAACUGUGGCCAAUAUUCAACAUUUUAUACCUGAUCAAUUUUGGACAGAAUCUGUACAUCCUGAUGGCCAGUUCAGCUAACUACAGGAAGAUCAUGAAGUCAAAGCUGACGUGCAGGGGAAAGAAAUCCUCCAGGCUGAAAGACACAGCCACAAUUUCGCGAUUUCAAUGGCAACCUUCUGACUCUGUUGAUCCCCGAUCAGAAUCCAGGACCAGACGGUCUUUUGAAACCAGCUUCACAUCAGUCACCUUCCGUGCUACGGACGUUGACGAUGGUUCAACACAUAUGAGGACAAACAUUUACCAAAGCGAAUAG